UGACGUCAUAGAUACUAUCGAUGCAAGUUUUCUAACGGCGCGAUUCAUUUUUUUAAAAUAACAUCUCGAAGAUUGUGUGUUGUUCACCAUCACCGUGUUCAUAGGUUGUUUCAUGUUUGUUGUUUGUUCUGCGAGGAAUUGGAUAAGCAUACCGUUGUCGAUAUAAUGGCAACCAUGCGAGCUGUCUACUUAUUCGCUUGGUGUCUCGUGUACGCAGUGUGCAUAAGCCAAUUGAAUGCAGCAACUACUGUCGCUCCAGUCAACACAACAGUCGCAUCAGGCAACACCACUGUUGCUCCAAGCAAUGCAACUGUCGCUCCAGGCAACACAACUGUCGCUCAAGCCAACAGAACAGUCGUUUCAGGAAACACCACUGUCGCUCCGGGAAACACAACUGUCGUUCUUGGCAACACCACUGUCGCUCCAGGCAACACAACUGUCGUUCGUGGCAACACCACUGUCGCUCCAGGCAACACAACUGUCGUUCUUGGCAACACCACUGUCGCUGAAGGCAACACAACUGUCGCUGAAACCAAUACAACAGUCGUUUCAGGAAACACCACUGUCGCUCCAGGCAACACAACUGUCGGCACCACAACUGUCGGCACCACGACACCAGCUAAAACUACAACAAUUGGCGGUUCAAGCGGUUCAACUCAGAUUUCCGUGAAUUCGGCUUGCCUCGGAUUUCUCGUUGCGAUGUCGACGGCAAUCAGGAUAUUCGGAGCAUUGCAUUUUUAAAAAUCAAAUAAGUUUUUUAAUUUUAAUUAAUAAAGUUAUUUUAAUACAUGAGAGACACUAAUACACGGUCUAUUCAGAAAAUGGAUGAUAUUGCUUUGUUUCUAUGAAAUGUAUUAAAAUAGGAAAAAUUUCCAUCGGUUUCAUGUUAAGAAUUUCGUGUAAUUUUUUUUAAUAAAGUUAUUUUAAUACAUGAGAGACACUAAUACACGGUCUAUUCAGAAAAUGGAUGAUCUUGCUUUGUUUCUAUGAAAUGUAUUAAAAUGGGAAAAAUGUCCAUCGGUUUCAUGUUAAGAAUUUUAUGUAUUUUUUUUAUGAAGUUAUUUUAAUACAUGAGAGACACUAAUACACUGUCUAUUCAGAAAAUGGAUUAUCUUGCUUUGUUUCUAUGAAAUGUAUUAAAAUGGGAAAAAUGUCCAUCGGUUUCAUGUUAAGUAUUAUAAUGUAUCUUUAUAUUUUAAAAUCUUUAAUCUUUUAAAAUCUUUUUUGUUAAACUUUGCUUUUUUGUUUUCGUACGGGAUGGCUGUGUAAAAAAAACGAACAAGUGCGACAAACUAUAUUUUAGUGCGUUAAACAAUAUCAACAUGGUAAAUUUUUGUUGGUUUUGAUUAAUAAAGUCAGCAUUGGAUAUACAAAUGAUUUCAAUAUUGCUUAUUUGUCAGAUUUCGAAUUUUGUAAACAAUAAUGGGCCUUGAUUUUUUGGCGUUUUUAUUCACGAUCUAUUAAUAAUUUUAAUAUAUUUUGUUUCAUUAAAAGUGUGGAGUUCCAUGUAUUUACUUCAGAUUUUAAACCAGUUGAAAUAAAAAGCAAAAAGCAUCCCAAAACAAUACUUUCAAAAAAGUUCGGAACCAUUCCUCAAAAUCAUAGAGAUAACAUACACAAGUCGGUUAUUUCUAUAUUAACACAUGAACAUGUAAAACUUUGUUACUUAACAAUUGCUACCUUAGUGUUGUCUACAACGUUCCGAAGCAAUUUAAAUAUCUAAAAAGAUCACAAAACACUAUUGUGUCUGAUAUGUUUGUAUACAUUCCUUUUUGUACACUAUUGAAUAUUAACUAUAUAGUUCUUCUAAACGUCAUAACCGAUUUAGUAAAUAUUUAACAUUCCAUAUGUAUUAGUGUAUUGCACCCUACAAUAUUAAAAUAUUAAAUCAAACUUUGUCAAAGAA